AUGUCGGACUCAACAUUCAACGUCACCAAGGAGGACGUCCGCAAGGUCGAGCAGCAAGCCUCCAAGGCAGUGGGCGGAGAUGUUCCAGCAGACUCAUACGCCGCAGGUCUUCAGUCAAUCGUAGACAAGGCCAACCAGAACAAGGGCGACAUCAUUGCUGAGCGUCAAGGCAACCUCCCACUCCCAGAUCAGCCACCGCAGGCUUCCGACUUCAACAGCGCCGAUGCACGAACCGUCGACGUUGGCUCUGGUGGCCUAUCAGGUGGCCAGGGUGACUCGAAGGGUGCAGAUGGUCUCCGUGGCCCGGCGACAGGUGGCAGCGCUGCGCGUGAAGACCCAUCCGUAACUGGCGGCAACAUCCAAGGUCAAGGCGUUGGACGCGGCACAGUCGACGGUGGUCUACCCAACGACGCCGUCACACGCGAGAAGAAGGAUGCACAAGGUCUUGCUGACACCACUGGCAAGGACUACGGCUACCCACAGAAGAACGACCCAGCCAGCAAAUAA